ACCUUUAAGUGAUUCUUACAGUAGAAGGUGUGCAUCAUGAAUCCGUUCCUAAAGACAGCAGCAGCUCUUGCAGCCACCGCCUUGGUUAGCGCCCAAAAUGAGAUGGCAUACUUUUCACAUAAGGGUAAAGCAUUCGAUGUUGACGGAUACGGAGCUGAAGGUUUCACAUACACGGGCUUCAAUAAGUUUGGGAAGGAUAAGUAUGGUCGUUCCUACACGGAGGAUGGAGCUGGCAACGCAGCUGCGGAGGGAACUGUAGUUGAUGCUGGCGGCCGAGUCAUUAAUAAUCACGGUGUUUCAUUUUCUGCCGGUACACCCGGUCCUGAACCUACGGAAUCUGGUGACUGGGAAAACUAUUGGCCAAGCUUCGGACACGGCAAACCACGCGUACACAAGAAGGAGGGUAUCGUUAGAGCCGGUAACGGCAAAAUCAUUGACAAGGCAUGGUACCACAUGUCGAAUCGUCCAGCACCCACAGUCACUGAGACUCAAACUCAGUUCGAGUUCACCGAAGUCUUCAUCACAAGCUCCGUACAGCCCACCGAUGAGUUCUGGUGCGACGGCGGAUGGAUUCAGAUCACUAAAGCGGGCGAUCUUAUGGACGAUGAUUGGGCUGUUGCCUUCAUCACUGGGUACUUGAACGUAAUUGCAGCGAAUGUGGACGAUGUAGACACAUAUGAUUGGUGUGUAAAUACACAAAACAUGAGCAACGCAGGCGCGUGUGCUCGACAAUAUGCUGCAUCUCACAGCGAGGCCGACCUCGAGGCUGCAUUUGCAUCUGCCAGUGAUGAUCACACUUCUCAAAUUGUUCUGCAUGUGUGCAAUCUACCAUGUCUCGAGGCUAUGUGUGCGGCUACACAGGACCAUAUCAAUGUGUUGCCAACGCUUCGUAUUGAAGAGGUCACCUUCACGAAGACUUCCAAUUCAGACCGGAAUAUUACAACACCAUGCCUGGAUGGAGAAGAUCCUCAGUACGCACCUGACAAUGGUGCCAACGGAAAGACAUUCGUUAUUUGUCCAACUGGGCAAGUUUGUGACAAUGAGAAUCCGGGUAGUCCCGACUGCGAAUGUGUGACCUGCUCAUCAAGUGCAGCCCUAAAUGAUUGUCUUGCACCUGCGUGUCCAUUAACUAAUGAUGGAAGCAUGUGGUAUGGUGAUCCUAUAUGUCCCCCUGUUUCAGGAGCUUCAUCCUGCAAAAAGGGAUACUACACAACCCCAGAUUUAAUUUGUUUGCAAUGCCCACAAAACGUAAAGUUAUGCAAUGUAGUGGAAUGCGUGAACGAAAACUCCACGCGAUGCGCUUACGGCGGUCAAUUGGAAGGUUACGGAAACACUGCAGUCCCUGGUGGAUCGGGCGAAGUAGUCUGCCUCAACCCCGCUGGCUGUGAAUUUUGUGUCGAUGGUCCCGAUGUAGUCUGCUCGAGGAUCACUGGACAGAUUCUAGCGUCUUCGCCAGUUGGAGGAGCCCAGCCUGUAGCAGGAAGUGUAGCAGGUAGUGUUUCGCCAGUUGGCGGAGCCCAGCCUGUAGCAGGAAGCCAAGUGCGUCUAACACAGAUAGCAGAUAUUGGUGGCGCAACCGGUCGCCGCCGUGCUGCUGGCGAUACUAUCGUAAUAAGUACCAAUGAUGAGGGUAUAUACGAUACCCCCGUCGCACCUGGAACGUGGGAGAUUUGCAUAGUGUCAUUACGAUUCAUGGGUUCAAAUGGUAUUAUAUUCGACAUCGCCCUGCCCAACGGAUGUGAAUCAAUCAUCGCAUUCCCUGCUACCACAGCCAUCCCAGCCACUAUUUUUGCCCUCCCGGAAGGUUCCGCAGUUGCCAUCGCCGAGUUGGCUGACGGCACAGCUGUUCAGGGAUUGACCGUCGAAUACACCCCAACUGGCGAAUUCAGUCUGUUUGCACAAACUGAAUCCACCGGCGAGGCAUUCUUUUUCGACCUAGAAGAUGGAGUAGAGUACACUUUCACUGCCCCUGCGACGUUCGCGGUAGGAAAUGUAACAUACACGCUGACUUCCGCAAGACUGCAGUUUGGCACAGUUGGAGAAACAGCACCUCCCAAGUUUAUCUAUGCACCUCCAGGAGAAGUAUUUGGUACGAUUACUCAAACUGGAUCUGGAGCUAAGUUGGCGGGUGUGGUAGUUACAAUUUCGGCCAAUGGAAAUGACUUCCAAGUAGUCACAGAUGCUGCGGGUAAGUACUCUUUCAUGAAUAUCAUGGAUCUACCAACAGAUGUGACAAUUGAGGCACCUGCCACAACUCGAAGCCAGAGCGGUGCUACUAUUAAUUUGCAGACUCAAGGUAGAGCCAAUCCAUACGUUAUCGAGCUGGAAAGUGCUCUAGAGAUUAACUUUAGCUACGGUAACUUUGCCAGUACUUCACCUUCACCUACACCUCAACCCAGUUUCGCCCCCUAGAGAGGUCUCAGUAGCAUUUCAAGUGAUGUCCCUCAGUAGUAGCUUGACUGCUAAUGGCAGACAGCUAGAUCUCGUCCGUACAAUAAAAUUCUGUCACAACGAGGUCGUACAUCGAAUAUAUUCAAUACUUCGGGAGAGUUUGAUAAAGUUAUAUAUUAAUAUAUUUA